CGGAAGGAGGAGGGGGCCCGCACGGGAUUCACUUCCGCCUGCGCUCAGGAACCACAAGCCCCCAGAGCAGAUUAGAAGAAUAAUCGCAGAGAGGUCCCCCCACCCUUUCUUCCCGUGCCCCCCGAAAGGAGGAGGCGGAGGGAGGAGGGCGAGGAACAAGCAGGGAUGCUCCCGGCAGGCAGCGCCGCGCGGAGCCGCUGAGGACGGCGCAUCCCGGAGCCGCGGACAAGGUUUCAGGAAGGAGCUGGGCUGCGCUCUUCCCUCGGUGCCUCAGAGUGUCCUUUCCCCAUGGUGACAGCCCACUGCCUGCGCUCCUGACGCCUGUGCCGAUGCAGCACGGAGGCUGUGAGGGCUGCUGAAGAUGUCCGAUAGUCUGGAUAUUGAAGAGAAACCUCCAGCCCCACCGUUGAGAAUGAACAGCAACAAUCGUGAUUCUUCAGCACUAAACCACAGUUCAAAACCGCUCCCCAUGGCCCCUGAGGAGAAGAACAAGAAAGCCAGGCUUCGCUCCAUCUUCCCAGGAGGAGGGGAUAAAACCAACAAGAAGAAAGAGAAAGAACGUCCUGAGAUCUCUCUUCCUUCAGACUUUGAACAUACCAUUCAUGUAGGAUUUGAUGCCGUCACUGGAGAAUUCACACCAGAUCUCUAUGGCUCACAGAUGUGCACAGGGAAGCUCCCAGAGGGCAUUCCAGAGCAGUGGGCCAGGCUACUACAGACCUCCAACAUAACAAAACUGGAGCAGAAGAAGAACCCACAAGCCGUUCUAGAUGUUCUCAAAUUUUAUGAUUCCAAAGAAACAGUUAACAACCAGAAAUAUAUGAGCUUUACGUCAGGAGAUAAAAGCGCCCAUGGAUACAUAGAAGCCCAUCCUUCGAGCACAAAAACAGCAUCAGAACCCCCACUAGCUCCGUCCGUUUCUGAAGAAGAGGAUGAAGAUGAUGAAGAAGAGGAAGAUGACAAUGAACCUCCACCUGUUAUUGCACCACGACCUGAACACACCAAAUCAAUCUACACGCGCUCUGUAAUUGAACCUGCCGCUGCGCCAGCACCAGCUAAAGAAGCCACCACUCCCCAACCUGAAAACUCAAACACAAACACUUUGUACAGAAACACAGACCGGCAACGAAAAAAGUCCAAGAUGACAGAUGAGGAGAUCCUAGAGAAACUGAGGAGCAUUGUGAGUGUGGGAGAUCCUAAGAAGAAAUACACUCGAUUUGAAAAAAUUGGCCAAGGGGCAUCAGGAACUGUUUAUACAGCAAUCGACAUCGCCACAGGCCAAGAGGUGGCCAUAAAGCAAAUGAAUCUCCAACAACAGCCCAAAAAGGAACUAAUUAUUAAUGAAAUCCUGGUCAUGAGGGAAAAUAAGAACCCCAAUAUUGUUAACUAUUUAGACAGCUACCUAGUUGGUGAUGAGCUCUGGGUGGUUAUGGAGUACUUGGCUGGAGGCUCUUUAACUGAUGUUGUUACAGAGACGUGUAUGGAUGAAGGACAGAUAGCAGCUGUCUGUAGGGAGUGCCUGCAAGCAUUGGAUUUCCUUCAUUCAAACCAGGUGAUUCACAGAGACAUCAAAAGCGACAAUAUUCUUCUCGGAAUGGAUGGAUCUGUCAAAUUGACUGAUUUUGGCUUCUGUGCUCAGAUCACCCCUGAGCAGAGUAAACGGAGCACAAUGGUUGGGACUCCUUACUGGAUGGCACCAGAAGUGGUGACAAGAAAAGCGUACGGCCCCAAAGUGGACAUCUGGUCACUUGGGAUCAUGGCAAUAGAAAUGGUGGAAGGAGAACCUCCUUACCUUAAUGAAAAUCCUCUCAGGGCGCUGUAUCUGAUAGCUACGAACGGGACACCGGAGCUGCAGAACCCCGAGCGACUUUCCGCUGUGUUUCGUGACUUUCUGAACUGCUGCCUGGAGAUGGAUGUGGACAGGAGAGGAUCUGCCAAGGAACUUCUGCAGCAUCCAUUUUUAAAAUUAGCCAAGCCUCUCUCCAGCCUGACUCCUCUGAUCAUUGCAGCAAAGGAAGCGAUUAAGAACAGCAGCCGCUAGCGCUUCAGGCUGGCUUUCUCCCAUGCCAGCUCAGAGCAGGACUGAGAACACAAACUCUAUAAAACCUCAACUCUUGUGCUGCAGGACGGAUGGAUGGAUGAACAAACCAACGGUCACAGUCAUGGUGGUAGGAGGGAGAACAACCCUGGUCCCUCAAGGAGUAAAAAAUUAUCAUUUGUCUUCUUCCUGCUUUCUGGCUCCUUAAUUUAUUUUUAAAAUUAAACAGGGCUUAAGACAGAGAGGUGGUGACCAAAAAUGCUUUGCUGCCUCAGCCAUUUCCAAGGUAAAGCAAAUUCAGUCGGAAGAUUCCCUUCCUUCUCACCCUGUGAAUAAGCUGUACAUUCACUUUUAAAUUGUCAGUUGUUUCUUAAAGAUGGAAAGUCUCUUUCAUGUUUGGGUUCUUUUUUUUAAUAUUGUUUGGAAUUGGAGAAGGGUCUCAUUCAUUCAUACACUCCAGACUGCGCUGCCUUUUCAAUACGGCCCACUCACUGGUAUUUGCCCAGUCACAGUACUUUUAGAAGAGAAAGAAAGUGAAAUUGCUUUCCAAUCAAAAACAAAUCAGAAGUGGGGCAGACAAAAUAUCCUGUUGAGAUACAGGCUUUCAGCUGAGAAUACAUAGUGGUUCGGUUCUUGAGAGUUUGCUUUGUAUAACUAAUUGUAAUCUGUUUGCCUGGAUGAGAGCCUUGGUAAAAUGGAAAAGCAGAAAGAUCAGUCAGUGUGCUCAGAAAAGGCUUGUCUGAUGCAAAGUUGUAAGAGAAACGUGAGGUGAGAGCAGGCCCCGGUCCUGCCUGGCACUGAGCCACAGCACGGAGCAGCCUCAGCAUCCGCAGAGCCAGGCUGGAGGAAGGCCCAUGCAGCAGGCUCUUGCCUCUCCCUGGGAGCAGGCUGAACCAUCUCGUAUCAGCCAGGCUGGCAGUGGGCUGCUCCCGAGGGAAUCGCAGCCCUGCUGUUGGACGCGCAGACUGGCAGGAUGAGUCUUGAGUCUGGGCAGGAGUAGAGAGGGGCAGAGCUGAGCGGUGGUGUCACUGCUGAGGAUGCCGGCUCUCCCAGUCCUCUUGUAGCUUCUGGGAACGAGUAGGAGCAUCUACACCACUCUCAGCAGAGGGAGAUGGAGCCAAACUGCUCCGCAGGCUUGUGCGCAGGUGCGUGUCCUUAGGCACACGAGUUCUGCCAUGGAAACUGAAGCCAACACAAGUGAGUGACAACUUCCGCAGCUCAGAUCGGCACGAGCCAGUGCCGCAGACAGCUCUGGGAGCGAGUGCAUCAAAACCUGCAGUUCUGCACUGAGCGAGAGCAAAUGGGUGAAAUGCAGAGUGGAUUGCAGAAAUGUUGAGAGGUAUGAAGCCUUUCUGCCAUCCUGCAUACAGCAAGCGCUCCUGAGUGCAGCUCUGAGUUAUUGGGAUAGAGGGAAUCCUGGAUAAGACUGAGGAUUGUGUUUGACUGGUCAGCUGAUUUGUAAGGGAGCAGAAUAGUUGAAGUAUGCAAUUUCUGCUUAAUUUAUUCAUUUCUGAAAGAAGUACACAGUGCGGCUUCACUCAGAAAAAGCAUUUGCAUGGAGUAAUUGUUGCUGUAUUUUAGUAGUACAACUAAUCAAAGUCCUUCAAAACAACAAUUGAAGCAACACCCCUGAGUGAGGAAAAACAAAAAAAGAAUAAAACAGCUUCCUGCUGUACAUCUUCAUGUUUAGGGCUUGUCCUCCGAAGGCUGAGUGGCUAGCCAGGAGGAAUGAAGGAUGCUUGGGCUGUUCUUGAAUUAGGCCGUUAGCUUGUUUGGCUUUGGCUUCUUGUUUGGUUACAGUCUUUGUAUUGCAGCUGUCGUUAAUCUGCCAACUAACCUACCCUUGCUUGCUCUAUGCGUGCCAGUGUCUUUGGCUGAGGUAACCGAUGGAGGCAGUGCGCUGAGUUACCGCAGCUAAAUAUGCGUUGACCUGCCGUCUCAGUGUAGGGAGGGAAUGGAGAUCCACGUGGCAGCAAAGGCACGAGGAUUAUUGAUGUUUUAGAAACCAUGGGAGUGCCUGAGAAUGGUCAGGUAGGAAUUAGGGCUUCUCCCCCCAAAAAUGUGGUGGAUCAGUAGCCCAGCUGCAGGGCCUCUACUCCAACGCACAUAGCAAGGGAAACAAACAGGGUUCAGUGUUGGGGCUGGUUGUGUUUAGUACCUUUAUCCAUGAUCUGGGUGAGGGGAUUGAGUGUUCCUUCAGUCAGUUUACAGAUGACACCAAGUUGGGCAGGGCUGCUGAUCUGUUUGAGGGCAGGAAGGCUCUGCGGAGGGGUGGGGACAGGCUGGAUCUGUGGGUUAAAGCUGAUGUAUGACAUGGAAUCAGAAUAAUUUGGGUUGGAAGGGACCUUAAAGAUCAUCCAGUUCCAAACCCCCUGCCAUGGGCAGGGACACCUCCCACUAGAUCAGGCUGCCCCAACUGCACUUUGGUCACAACAGCCACAUGCAGCUCUCCAGGCUUGGGGAAGAGUGGCUGGAAAGCUGCACAGCAGGAAAAAAGACCUGGAGCUGGUGGUCAACAGCAGCUGAAGGUGAGCCAGCAGUGGCCUGGGGGACCAAGAAGGCCAACAGCAUCCUGGCCUGGAUCAGCCACGGUGUGGCCAGCAGGAGCAGGGAAGAGAUCAUUCCCCGGAAUCGGCAUUGGUGAGGCCACACCUCGAAUCCUGGGUUCAGUUUUGGGCCUCUCAAUAAAAGAAAGACAUUGAGGGGCUGGAGUGUGUCCAGAGAAGGGGAAUGGAGCUGGGGAAGGGUCUGGAGCACAGGGGUUAUGGAGAGUGGCUGAGGGACCUGGGGUUGUUUAGUCUGGAGAAGAGGUGGCCAAGGGGAGACCUCAUUGCUGCAGCUUCCUGAGAGGAGGUUGUAAUGAGGUGGGUGCUGGUCUCUUCUCCCAAGUAACAGGCAAUAGGAUGAGAGGAAAUGGCCUCAAGUUGCAUCAGGGAGGUUUAGAUUGGAUAGUAGGAAAAAUGUCUUCACAGCAAGGGUUGUCAAGCACUGGAACGGCUGCCCAGGGAAGUGGUUAAGUCACCAUCCCUGGUAAGGUCUUUAAUCCCUGGUGGAGGGAUUGAGAAGACGUGUGGAUGUGGUGCUUAGGGACGCAGUUCAGUGGUGGAGUUGGCAGUGCUAGGUUAAGGGUUGGACUUGGUAUCUGCAAGGUCCUUUCCAACCUAACUAAUUCUAUUAUGUUCCUAAGGUUCUGUCUUUUUUGUCCUAUUUUUCUCUGUCAGCUCAAGCUGUCUAUCUGAGGGAGAGACUUAUGGUAAGAAAGAGUAAGUCAGGCUGGAGGUGGGCUGCCCCCUAUUUGUAAAGCCUUAGUCACAAUGAAACAUUUGUAUCCCCUGUAAGAGCAAUGAAACAAGUGACAAUUUCUUUUUCCGGUAUAGCUUUUCUUGUUUCCUACCAUCAAAGGAACAGACAGCCGUCCUUUAAGAGUAAAACGCUUUCUUAUGGCACAUAUUUCCUGGACAUGCAAUAUAAAUUGUCAAGUUAACAGACUACACUAUUUGAUUGGGUUUUUUCUCUAUUUAUUUUCUUUACCUACAAGUAUUUCAGCAUCUCUAUAUUAAAAAAAAAAAAUGCCACCACCUAUUUCUCAGAAGUUAAAAGACAUGAAAAAAAAAGGAAAAUCAAAUGGUAGCAUCAUUUUUGAUCACUGUGGACCGCAUACAGAAUAUCAUUUUCAAAGACAACUGCUGUAAUAAGAGGCCUUACUUUUUAUUUCAUUAAAUACUAUAUUUAUACUCAUUAGCAUCAGCAAAUCUAGGUUUUUCCCCUCUAAAACAAAGUUCCUGGGAGGCAGACAGGAUUCAGCAGCAGUAAUACCUGCCAGCGGCUGUUUUCCAGAUGGCCUGUAAUUGCCCAGCUGAGAAUGCUGACAUGCGGGGAAACACACCUCUAGCAUCCCUGCGGCUCUCUGCAUCAGCCAGGCUCUGCAACUGAAUUCUCAGUCACCAGGUACUGAAAGGUGGCAGCUGCAUUUAUAUCCUUCCAGCACUGAUAGCAAAUGUGGAAGAGGCAUAUUAAUAAGUUUAAAAAAAGACAACCAAACCCAGUCCUGAGAGGGCAGGUCUUGUAUGUUAUUUACAGGCUUACACAGUAGGUUAGAAUUGACAAUAGCAUCGACCUUGCAGAAAAGAGAUGACUGCUAUAAAAUCUCUGGAACCAUCUUGGGUUCUCUGACUGCUCUCUUCAGAUUAAGCAAUUAGUUAUCUAUAUAUAUAUAUUUGAAGGAUUAGAAAUAGGCUGUUCCUGCUGCAUACUGCAUAGGUGAAUAGGUUUCCAACACUUGCAUUCCAAGGUUUUAAAAGACUGGUUAAUUGUCUUUGGUUUUAGAUUCAUUAAAUGGCAAAAAACCCUAUGCAGAGGUUGUCUGUGAUUCCCAUCCCUGCAGUGAAGAUGUGUGAAAGUGACCCAAUAGCUCGCUGUGGUUUCAAGGGGGUUUGGGGCAGAAGCAUGAGAGCAGUAAAGUCAGGGAAGUUUGAGAAGCACAGGAAGGUUAUUUAUUUAAGAAAACAAAAAAAAAAAAAAGAUACCUCUGUAAAAUUCCCUGCAGUUCCUGCAUGCUGUCCUGGGAGCCUGCACAGGGGUGGGUCUUGGGGUGCUCUUGGUGUUUGAUCACAAACUUGGGCCAGAGUUGCACUCUCACUUCUUGUGUGCAGCGCCUUUGAAGUCUGUGUGUGUUUAUUCUCUGUCCUUGGCUACUGGUUGGCCGACUUACACUACGCACUAAUGAACUCCAGUAUUCUUUUUACUUGUCUGUGCUGAGUAUUCUUGAGGCCGGUGGCUGCACCUCAGCAAGUCUUUUGGUCAGUCCUCCCCCAUGUCCUGCCACUGAAAAUGAAGUACAUUCCAGUCACCACAAGAAGGGAAGUAAGUAUGUACCUGUCUCCUGUCUUGUAGUUGUAGGAAAUGGCACCUUGCCCUACUGCCUGUAUGGCAGUUAUUUAUUUCCAGUGUAUCGUCAUUGGAUUAGUGCGGCUGCCGAGUGUCCCUCACGCUGAGCCUGUAAAUCCAGGUGUUUCUGAGUCCAGUCAUAAGCAAAUGCCAUGAACAAAGAUCCAGAGAGGGUUCUGUAUCUCCUACCAUUAAAGACAGGAGCCAGUGUUUCUUUGCUUGAUGUCCAGGGCACGCACACUAAUGCCAGCUUUGCCUUGCUAAACAUUAUCGAGUUAGUGGUCCACACGCCUUCCCGGGGGACUGUUGUUCAUUCAUGUGCAGACAUGCAGCAUCUGGGCGAUGGGGCAAGCUGAUGAAGACUCAUAAAUAAGUGUUACAGUUGUUUGGUUUGUUUAGGUUUGUUUCCUCUCCCCUGACCACGUAAAUAUCUUAAAUUUUAGCUCCCAGUUUUCAGGAAGCAGGAAACAUCAAUGUGUUCCAAAAGAAACCAUCCAAGAUCUCUUUGAGUGUGAUUUGCAAUUCAGGGAUCUUUAAAACCUCUCCUUGUUUGUGUCCGUCCUUGAGCUGACAGGGUAAUUUCUCUUUCUGGCUGAAACGUGCAGAAUCCUGCUUAUGCAUCCUCUCUUUGGAUGUGGUUUAGAGCUGAUUGCUGUAAUCCUAGGUGUGCAUUGUGCGUAUAAACUGUUAUUGGCCCGAGCCUACCGAUGGUUGUGUGCACCUUUGGGUGCCAAGAGCCAUCUCAAAACAUAAAAUGGUACCAUAGGAAAGAGAAGGAUGGAUACUUACACGCACUUCAUGAGUGCUCUUUGGACUGCUGGCUGGGUAUGAGCCAUUCUCUCUGCUCAGCAAUUUUUCCUAGCAAGCACUUUUAUUCUGCUAGAAUCUGAGGAAACUGAGGGCAACAGCACUACCUAAAGUCGAUAAUAGGGAAAAUUGUUAAUUGUUUUAAUAACCUGUGAGCACAGCAGCUUUGGACUGGACAAUUUCCCAGCAGAACCCACAUCAGCUUCAGCACCUGUGUGUCACGUACAUCCUGCUCUCAUUGAGAGGCACCGUGUUCUCGGCUGCUUGGAGAUCACGCCUGGUUUCUGCACGGCUUGCUGGCAACAUUUGCGUUGCCCAGCUUACACAGAGCCAAAAGGACUGCGGUUGGUGGCAAAGGCCUGAGUUGGCAGUCGUGAAUUUUAGUCAGAAGAGGUGUUGGGCACAUGCACACCCACCUUUGAAUCACAGUUCUGAUGUUAUGAGCUUACACAUGCUGGCCACCAUAAAUAGAGUCUGCUGAUUAAUGUGGGGUCUGACUGAAGGCUUCCUCUUCCUCUGUUAGUAGUUCUCAGGUGAUGACUUGAGCUGGGUGCCUCCAGAGAGGAACUCCCACCCCAACUCAUGACUCUCAAUUAUACCCAUAUCACCCAGCAUCUGAUGCCCAUGUCCAAUCACUUAUUUCUGGUCGGAGAGCUCUUGACUUCUUACUGGUUUUCACUGUCACCGGGCUGGCCUUCUUCUGAAGUUACUUUACUCUCUUGGACUUGUCUCCUUGGUUCUUAUCUUCUGCCCAUAUCAGACAGAAAAGGACCUGGGCAUGCUGGUCAACAGCAGCUGAACAUGAGACAGCAGUGGCCCAGGGGGCCAAGGCAGCCAACAGCAUCCUGGCCUGGAUCAGCCACAGUGUGACCAGCAGGAGCAGGGAAAGGAUCAUCCCCCUGUGCUCAGCAUUGGUGAGACCGCACCUCAAAUCCUGAAGGUGAGCCAGCAGUGGCCUGGGGGACCAAGAAGGCCAACAGCGUCCUGGCCUUGGAUCAGCCACGGUGUGGCCAGCAGGAGCAGGGAAAGGAUCGUCCCCCCGGACUCGGCAUUGGUGAGGCUGCACCUCGAAUCCUGGGUUCAGUUUUGGGCCUCUCAAUACAAGAAAGACAUUGAGGGGCUGGAGUGUGUCCAGAGAAGGGGAAUGGAGCUGGGGAAGGGUCUGGAGCACAGGGGUUAUGGAGAGUGGCUGAGGGAUCUGGGGUUGUUUAGUCUGGAGAAGAGGUGGCCAAGGGGAGACCUCAUUGCUGCAGCUUCCUGAGAGGAGGUUGUAAUGAGGUGGGUGCUGGUCUCUUCUCCCAAGUAACCCGCAAUAGGAUGAGAGGAAAUGGCCUCAAGUUGCAUCAGGGAGGUUCAGAUUGUAUAGCAGGAAAAACGUCAUCACAGCAAGGGUUGUCAAGCACUGGAACAGUCUGCCCAGGGGAAGAGGUGGAGUCACCAUCCCUAGAUAUCUUCAAAAGAUGUGUGGCUCUGGUGCUUGGGGACCGUGGCUAAGUGGUGGCUUGGCAGCAUGAGAUUAACAGUUGGACUUGAUGAUCUUAAAGGUCUUUUCCAACCUAAGUGCAGCUGUGAGUCUGCUUGCCCAAUUCAGCUACUUUUGUGUUGGCAGCUUUACUUUUAUCAGAAAGUUCUUGGUCAGCUCUUGCAGCCUAAAGCUUCAACUACUUCAGGUACUCGUGCUAAGCUUUUAACGCUAAACCAAACUACUCAGAAGACUUCAGUUCAUCAAAUUUCUUCUGUAACUCUGAGGGAGGGAAGAGUGAACACUGAGAAUAUGAGUAUUGUUUGUGUCACUUCCACUCUCUCCUUCAGUCCUUUCAGGGGCUCAAACAGAAGAAAAAUGAAGCUGAGUCUUACUUCUCACAGGUCUUGCUCUUUGCAGUCUCUGUGCUUAACUGAUUUUGUCCCUUUCUGUGCCCUCUGUUCCUCCUAUGCUCAGUGGCUGCUAACCAGGACUGUGUAACUGACUCAGAUAAAGUGCUUGAGAUCCUCAUUUCUCUGCUCUUUGAACUGCCUGUUUACAGCUGCCUUUUGAAUCUGCAAGCCUGGUCUGGAGUGUUAUCACCUCCAUUUUGUGCAUACCGUCCAAAGCCCAGGGCCUGCCACCUGAAAUCUGUGCUUGUACUGAGGGCUCCCCGGUGCCUCAGGCUGGUGUGACACUAUUGCAAACAUGAGGGAAUAGUGGCAGGUUGGUUUUAAAGUCGGGUCCUUUUGCUGCUGCAUAUUGUAUGUCAUUUGUUCAGCCCAGCAACAGACUUGUGGAUCAGAUGCAGGCACUGCUGCUACUCCCACUGAAGUCGGUGUGCGUUUGGUGGUUGGCUUCAGUGACGGCAGAACUGGUUGCUUAAUAAACUGAUGCUGAUGACGCCCUGGGUACUGGGGGCCAGAGGUAUCCCUCGGCUGAGUGGAAGGGAGCUGCCCAUUGCUCUUGUUCUCCAUCACACGAAGCUGUCCAGCUCAGAAGUAGGUCAACAUAGCAAACAUGAAGCAUGCAAAUGUCUUACAUUCAUGUCUGUUGAGAUCUCUGACCUUUGAGCUUAAGGUGCACAAAGGCAAUUGCUUUUUGUCACACUGUUUAUAUUAGUGUUAAGCAAUGCUGCUAAAUUUGUCUGUAGCACAGCAACAGGGAAAAAAAAGCCUCUCAGCUCUUCAGGAGCGACUCUGAUAAGCUGCCGGUGUCUGCCUUAGCAGGUAAGCAAGCAGAAGAGGAGCUGCUGUAGAUGGGAACUAGCAGCAAAGGACUGCACACACCGUAGCCCCCCCUUGAAGAGAGCAACUCCUCCUUGGGCAGAGCCCAGCCUCAGUGGCCACACCGGGAGUUAUUGUGGUUGCACUGGUGCUGCGCCUGCACUGCAGGUGCUGUGCGUACAGACAUACAUUUGGGAAGAUCUACAAAAGACUUCUGCAACUCUUGGCUGGAAAGGGAAAUAAGCAAUGCUAAACUCCAGUUUAGUCCGAAGCAACCAGUUUACACCUACAAUGGUGUCUGCUAGAUUUUUUUUUCUUUUCAGGGUAUCCAGACAAAAGGAAACAGAGGAGGAGCCUACAUUUUCAUUGUUUAUCAGAAAUGUAUCUCAUUUUGCUGUACAUUCCUUUUUUUAGGACGUGUUAUCUGUUACAAAAAAAAAAAAAAAAAAAACAAAGAAAAAACAGAAAAAAAGCAAAAGAUAAAAACAAAUGUGUAGUGAAAAAUCUGUAACUUUGGAUUAAGAGGUAACUGAUCUUUUUAAAAAGAGAACUAAGUUAUUUACUUUGUAAAUGUGCUGAUGGCAUGGAUCCAUCUUACUGACCUCAGCAUCCUUUUUUUUAAGAUUUUGGGUUUUGUUUCCAAUAUUAAGUUAUUUUAAAUUGUGGUUGAAGCAAUAGAAAAUUGAAAUAUGGAUUGUGCAUGACUGUGUCUUGAGUGUAAAAAUAUUGCAGUUUGAAACUUGGACCUAAAGUAUUGCAAAUAAAGGUUAUAAAUACCAUUGGAGUGUGUGACUGCAGCUUUUCCUAUAGGAGGUGCUGGUGCUGUUUGACAAAUUAGUGUCAGGGCUGCCUGAUACACCAGCCUGGAUCAUCUGCAGCUCCCAAAAGACUGCGUGGCCAUAUGUGCUUGUAGUUUUGUCCUAUGCCACUACCAUAUAAUAUCAUGAAAUAGGACUCAGCUGCCAGGGCCCCGUAUUUACCCUCUGCUAUGGGAGUUCCUUGUAUCUUGUGUCCACAAAAGCAGACUGGCUACCUUUCUACUGCUCCCCAGUUUGCACAAUGCCAGAGUGUGCGAUCUUUCCAAUGAGUUGUGUUUCUACUGUUCCAUAAAGAACCAAUACGUCCUCCAGAUGUAUAAGUGGAAUUCCGCAGGUGGUGAUUAGCCACGCUUCCUGCCCAGAAAUCUUUAGAACUGCUUAUAGAACACCAGUCACUUCAGCUCUUGUCCUGCUGCAAAGCACCUGCUCGAGAGGGAUGCUGGGAUUAGAGGCACAGAGGUAACCUGGGCCCAGUGACUCUGCUGCUACAGCUGUGCUGUCUGCAUCGCCAUGGUCUCAUCUAGCAGAUGCCCUCUAUCUGAGGGUUUCACUCCUCUGUACCAGCACUGGAGGAAGGCGAGUAGGGUCUCCAGCCCACUGUGUAGGUAGGGAUAUGCACCCCCACAUUCUACCCCAGCCUGGCUUCCAGGCCAGGUUCUGUCUCAUUCACACAUGGUUCAGUGCCCCGGUGUGACUCCGGCCUCUCUCUGCCACCUGCCACAAGCCCUGCCGAGGCCGCCCUACCUCCAGCUCCCCCUUCAGCUGCCUCCCCCGGCCAAGCCCGGCCCUCACUGUUGCUCAGUGCCCACUGGCCCUCAGCUGUGCUCUGCAGCCCUGGGCUCCGGCACCUCUGGCUCUCACUCAGCCCUUCAGCCUGCACGGCUGGGGGGGUGUGAAGAACCCCAGCAGCCGCAGGAAGGCAGGACAGCCUGGUCCAGAGUGCCAGCUAACAGCCUGCACCGUGGCCACAGGGAAAGGCCACACAGACCUGUGCACACACAAGAACGCUCCUUCUGGAGCUCUAUAAAGCUGGCUAGGGAGGCUGGGGAGUUAUGUCUGCUGUCACAGAUGCAUAUACGUGUGCUCCCCCAGACAGUUCUGUGUCUAACAAUG